AUGGCGACAACAAGAAUGUUCUGCUUCGUGCUCGUGAUGAUUCUAAUGGGAAGUUUUUGCUCGGCAAAAAUCUACAAAGUGGGAGACUCGAAGGGAUGGAGAGCGAAGAAGGGAGGUACCUAUUAUGAAUGGACUAAGCGUAAGGAAUUCCAAGUGGGAGAUUCUCUGAUGUUCAAAUACGAUGGCAACUUCAACGACGUCACUCAAGUUUCCAGUCGUUUGGAAUACCAAUUCUGCAACUCUCAUUCUCCUAAAGCUGUCUACAACACAGGGCACGAUGUCGUGACUCUCAAGGAACCAGGUUAUCACUUCUUCAUCACCUCAAAUCAUUCUCAAUGCGUAGCCGGACAGAAACUCGUCGUUUUUGUCGUCCAUGAGCAUCCAACGAUUCCUCCUCCACCACCACCGAGAAAGAUCCUUCCAUUCGGAAAAGAUUACAAGGUUGGUGACUCCAACGAAUGGAAGGUUCCUGAAGAGAGUGACUUCUAUUCCAAGUGGAGUGAGGAGAAACAGUUUCACGUGGGAGACAAUCUUCUUUUCUACUACAACGACCAAGUCGAUGAUGUCCUAGAAAUUAGUAAUUACAAGGUUGGUGACUCCAACGAAUGGAAGGUUCCUGAAGAGAGUGACUUCUAUUCCAAGUGGAGUGAGGAGAAACAGUUUCACGUGGGAGACAAUCUUCUUUUCUACUACAACGACCAAGUCGAUGAUGUCCUAGAAAUUAGUAGUGAUCUUGAGUUCAAAUCUUGCGACACUACUUCUCCUGUUGCCGUGCACAAUGGAGGACAAGAUCUCAUUAGGCUAACAAAACCAGGAAUACGCUAUUUUAUUACCUCAAAGAUUGGUCAUUGUGAGGCUGGGCUUAAGCUUCGAGUUGUGGUGCGACCACUUACCAGAAGUGUUCCGAAGAAGAUGCAGUCGUCACCUUUCGACCGCCUCAUCAAGUGGCUACAUGACUCCUUCAGACCCCACCCCCAUCAUUAA